GAUCAGGCGCCCUGCGCCGCCUUCUCCUUCUAGGUGGCGCCGAGGGUCUACUGCGCACCUACUCCACCGGCGACCGGCGCCGGCGGGUGAUCCGCGAGGCAAGGCAAGAGGAGGAGGACGAAGCGUUCCUCCGCACCCUCAACUUCGGCGCUGACCCCGAGAACAACCCUCUUCCCCCGCCGCCGAGGCAUGGCAGAGGAUUAUCCGACGCCUCAGCCGGGAAGCAGCAGCAGCAGCCCGAGCGAAGCGCGCAGAAGGUCGUCGGGGAGACGCUGCUGGAGAAGCUUAAGCUGGGCGAUGGUCCCUCCGCCGCCGCUGCUAUAGGAGGCGGCGAUGAGCCACGGCAGUCUGAGGACGAGCCUGCGCCCGCGCAGCCGGUGGACGUGGACGAGAUCUUCCGAAAGAUGAAGGAAACCGGGUUGAUCCCAAACGCCGUGGCCAUGCUCGACGGGCUGUGCAAGAACGGCCUGGUGCAGGACGCCAUGAAGCUGUUUGGUCUAAUGCGAGAGAAGGGAGCCAUCCCGGAGGUGGUUAUCUACACAGCUGUCGUCGAGGCAUUCUGCAAGGUGGCUAAGCUAGACGACGCCGUGAGAAUUUUCAGGAAGAUGCAAGGGAAUGGAGUCAUCCCCAAUGCAUUCAGCUAUUGGCUCCUGAUACAGGGGCUGUACAAGGGGGGCAGGCUGGAUGAUGCUGUCGGGUUCUGUGUGGAGAUGUUUGAGGCUGGGCUUGCACCGAAUGCGGAGACGUUUGUAGGCUUGCUUGAUGCAGUGUGCAAGACAAAAGGUGUGGAUGAAGGCGAGAAUCUUGUGAGGAGCUUCCAGGACAGAAACUUCGCUAUUGAUGAGAAAUCAAUCAGGGAUCACCUGGACAAGAAAGGCCCAUUCUCACCAGUAGUGUGGGAGGUGAUCUUUGGCAAGAGAAAAUCAGACCGACCAUUCUAAUCUCUACCAGAAAGUAGUAUGUGCACACUCUCAUCAUUUUGUUAGCCUUGUAGUUAUUAUUUCUCAAGAGUUUGCUUGCUUUCAUGGUUAAACAAAUGGCUACCAUGUCUUCUUUUAUGGAAUCUAUAAUUAUGGCGAUCUGUAUGCACUUUUGUCAUAUGCAAUUCACCUCCAUCUAUUCAACUGCCCCAAUUAGGACAUACUUGCUGCAUUCACCUUGAGCUAUUCAAUCGUCCCAAUUAGAACAACUUUCUUUGUUAUUAUGUUUCUGUUAUGAAGGGUUGCUACUUGCACUGUAUUUUGAUUAUUGGCAAUUUAAGUGCAAGAUGAUCAAUUCACACACGAAUACAUAAUUUGUGCUCAGAUACAGUUUCAGUGUCAUCAGAUUGCUACUUCAAUACAAUGACUUGAUAAUUUGAGAGUCAACUUGUUGAUACUUCAAGAUAGUGUAAACCACAAUUGGCUGGCUGGUAACUUGAAAAAUCCAUCCAAACACAUAUCUAGAAGUUCCCAAUAUUAUUGAAAUACUUGCCAUCUUCCGAUGAGGUUAUUAUAUGAUACCAUGCAAAAUUUCAAGUCCAAACUCCACAUCGGUUGAGAGAUACAAAAUCUAGGGAUUAGAAGGGCAAAAGGACAAGAAAUUUGUAUGUCUGACAUUUUGUCCUUUUUUAUCUCAUAAAAUGGAUGAAGCUGGUCUUGAAAUUUUGUGUGAUUUGGUAAUAUGAUGUCAAUUAAUGAUACCAAGUUUUUAGUAUUUUUG